AUGCAGCCCCUGGCACUGCUCGGGUGCCUUGUGGCUCUGGGCCACUGCGCUCUGGCGUCCAAAGUCUGUCCCAGGCCACCAGAAGUGCUGUUUGCCACACUUAAUGUAGACAAAAAGGUUUAUGAAGUGGGUGAGGAAGUGGAAUACACCUGCCGGCCUGGGUUCAUGCCCAACAAUGGGCAGAGGAAGUACACCUGCCUCCCGACGGGCAAGUGGGCCUUCAACACCCUGCUCUGCCUCCCAAAGAGAUGUCCUCCUCCUCCACCCCUGAAGAAUGGGAAAAUUGAUUUUGAAGAGUUCCAGUACCAGAGUACUGUGACUUAUUCAUGUGAUCCAGGCUACAACCUCGUCGGGUCAAGAACGAGCAAGUGCAUGGCAGAUGGAAAGUGGACUGGAACUUUUCCCCAGUGUCAACCGGUGACCUGUGCACCUCCCUCUCUUCCGGAAUUUGGGGUCCUCUCGUACCGGCGCCUGCACCCCGGGAAUGUCUCUCAUUUCCUGGACACAAUCCUGUUUGAGUGUGUCCCUCCCCUCGCCCUGAUUGGCAAUGAGACAGCCUCCUGCACGGCCAAUGGCACCUGGAGCAGCAUUCCAGAGUGCAAGGUUGUGACGUGCCCCACUCCGAUAGGGAUAGAGAAUGGGUUCAUCGAAUUUGCGGUGCGCAGGACCUACCACUACAACGAGAGCGUCAGCUUCGGCUGCCAGCCCCGCUACGUGAUGGAGGGAUCCAAGCACUCCCGCUGUGAGAACACCGGGAACUGGUCCACAAAGCCAGCCUGCAGAGCACCAUGUAAAAUACCAGUUAAGAAAGCUGUAGUAUUGUACAAUGGUGAGAAGAAGAGAGUUCAGAAUGACCUGAAGGAUGGCAUUCUGCAUGGGGAGACUGUAUCCUUCUUCUGCAAGAACAAGGAAAAAUCCUGUGCCUACACUGUAGAUGUGGCGUGCGUGGAUGGCAACUUCACCCUCCCUGCCUGUUUUAAAGAACGUGGCUUUUUUUCAACCCUGGUGAAGAAAGACCCCUCAGACAUGAAAGCAUGUGAAGAUGAAGCCUGA